UACAGAAGAGAAAAGUGAUCAAUGAAAAAUGCCUUUAUCUGAGGUUCCGUUUUCGGUGGUGCCUUCUCUUCCAAGUCGCAAGGUUGCUGCUGUUACUUGCAAUCGUUUGCCACCAAAAACUUAUGGCGGCAACUUUAGCACACGCAAAGUUGCUGCUGCAUUCAGUGUCUCUAGAAAUCUCAAAUUUGUGGCAAAUUCGGCUUCUCGGGAUGAAAACGACGCUACUGCUUCGAUUGAGUUUGAUGACGUCUCAAUUCCUAGCGACUAUUCUGAGCUCCUUGAACAGGCCAGAAAGGCAACUGAUUUGGCUUUGAAGGACAACAAGCAGUUGAUGGAGAUUGAGUUCCCUACUUCUGGACUUGAAUCUGUACCAGGGGAUGGCGAAGGAGGAAUAGAAAUGACAGAAAGUAUGCAGCUAAUUCGAGAAUUUUGUAACCGCUUAAUAAACCCAGAGAAAGCCACCCGGACCAGAAUAUUCUUCCCUGAGGCCAGCGAAGUUAAAUUUGCAAGAGAAUCAGUUUUUGAAGGAGCUUCCUUCAAGCUGGACUAUCUGACAAAGCCAUCAUUUUUUGAGGAUUUUGGUUUUGUUGAGAAAGUGAAAAUGAAAGACCGUGUGAAGCCAGAAGAUGAACUUUUCCUGGCUGCCUAUCCAUAUUUUAAUGUCAACGAAAUGCUCGUGGUCGAAGAACUUUACAAAGAAGCUGUUGAGAACACUUCCAGGAACCUAAUUAUUUUCAAUGGAGAACUUGACCGCAUAAGAUCUGGGUAUUAUCCGCCUUUCUUCUACCCGAAGCUCGCUGCACUUUCCCAGACCCUAUUUCCAGUUAUGGAGACUGUAUACUACAUUCACAAUUUUAAGGGACGCAAUGGAGGGACCCUUUUCAGGUGCUACCCAGGUCCAUGGAAAGUGUUCAGAAAAGUGAGGAACAGAUACGUUUGUUUGCACCAGCAGGAAGCUAUGCCAUCGCUAAAGGAAGUGGCUUUAGAUAUUCUUCCAUCGGCUUGAGUUUUUGUUGCCUAAUCAGCUCAUUCGGUGAGCCGUAAAGCAUAUCAUCUUCGUGCCUUCUGUAUUAUAAGAAAAGUAGUAUAAAGCUAUUACAGCAUUUGCUUCAAUGUUGUCAAAAUUUGAUAA